AUGUCUGGCUCAGGGUCAGGCUCUACACCCAAUUUACAGCACUCUGAGUCUUCUUUAUCAUUGAGGACUCGGAAAAGCAACCAAGAUUUUAGAGUUUUAGCCGCUGAAAACCUAGCAAGAAAAGGCUCACCUUUAACCGUAGAUGAAAGAGUGUUUGGAGCACCAGUGGCCGAUGAUUAUGAAGAGCGUGAUGAGCUACUAGGGAACGGAAACAGCGAAGUGAUUGAAAUUGGAAACUAUGAUGAUGAAUGGCAACAUACAAGCAAGAAGGAUGCUCGUAGAAAAUGGUUUAGAUGGCACUAUGGCACCAGAACAUUUUGGAGUCGCUUGUGUCUGGUGCUGUUUGGCGUGGGCUUUUUUGGAUUUGUAGCCGUGCUCGUUGUCAGCGAACUCGAUAGAGAAUCAGAGGUGAAAUCACAUCUCUACUUUAACGGCUCAGCUUAUUUUGAUUCAACUGUCAUUUAUAUUUCAUUGGAUGGGUUCAGAAACGAUUAUUUGGAUAGAAAAGUUACACCAAACAUUGAUCUAAUAGCUGAGGAAGGCAUUCGAGCUGAAUACAUGAUCCCAUCUUUCCCAUCAAUCACGUUUCCCAAUCAUUGGACUUUGGCGACAGGUCUCUAUCCUGAAGCGCACGGUAUUGUAGCAAACGAGUUUUAUGAUCCAGAACUGAGAGAGGAUUUCAUACAUAAAAACGCAUCUAUUAGUGGCGACCCCAAGUGGUGGGGUGGCGAGCCCAUUUGGAUUACUAGCAAAAACCAAGGAAAGAAAUCUGCUGUCAUUAUGUGGCCAGGAUCAAAUGUGCCCAUCAAGUCUGUUUCACCGGAUUAUUACGUUCCUUAUUCGAGGGAAACAACAGCUAUUGAUAAGAUGGAUAUUGCGCUAAACUGGCUGGACAUGCCCAUCGACCAGAGACCACAAUCCAUUUCAAUAUAUAUACCUCAGAUAGAUCAAAAGGGCCAUGGAGGAGGUCCUGAUGGAAAACAGCUUAAUGGGGUUUUGAGAAGCAUGGAUGAUGCAGUAGGACAUCUCAUGUCUGGUUUGACAGAGAGGAACCUGGAUAAGCAUGUUCAUCUAGUAGUGGUCAGCGAUCAUGGCAUGGCAGCAUCAGACGAGUCUAGACUGAUCUUUUACGACAAGAUUAUAUCUGCAGAAUCAGAAUCCUAUCUUCGUAAGAGAGAAGCAUGGCCACUGCUAGGUCUUCGCCCCAAAGACGAUGCCCCUGAAUUUGCUGUGGAUCAAAUUUACAGCGAAAUUUAUCAGUACACCAAAGAAAUAGAAAACCCUCAUUUUCAAGUGUACAAGAGAGAGAACAUGCCCGCAAGAUUUCAUUACAACUCGACAGAGCGUAUUGCCCCUAUUGUUUUGAUACCUGACGUGGGGUAUACCAUUAUUAAAAGUACAGAUCGCCAUGGGCCCAAAGGUAUUCAUGGCUAUGACAACAUGGCACUCGAGAUGCGAGCUAUUUUUGCUGCUAGAGGGCCCAAGAUAGAUGAAGCUUACUUACCUGGCACAGUUGUCAGCCCGUUUUAUAAUAUCGAAAUGUACAAAUUCUUGACAAAUCUACUCAAUCUCAAUGCCGCACCCAACAAUGCAACAUUGAAUGGGGUAUUUAACAAAUUGUAG